AACAUUCGUCUCCGUUCAACCACAACCGCCCAGCGACGACAACCCGCCUGCCCAAACACCGUCAACCCGUCAGGUUUUCCUCGCCGUCGAAUCAAUUCAAGAUGACUCACGAGUCCGUGUGGUACAGCCGCCCUCGCAAGUACGGCAAGGGCUCCCGUGGAUGCCGCGUUUGCACCCACCGCGCUGGUCUUAUCCGCAAGUACGGUAUGAACAUCUGCCGUCAGUGCUUCCGUGAGAAGUCUCAGGACAUCGGUUUCCACAAGGUUCGUGACAUGGCCUGCGCGAUUGAAGAUUACCACCCGCAACCCCCAGCAACCACGACGAAAGAAAGGAAUACCCGGAAGAAUAUAUAA